GGCUCACUGAAACAUUCAAUUUCAAAACAACACUAGCAAUAUGGCUUCAUCACUGCCCUCCUCUCAGCUACUCCUGUUGGCUUCUCUUAUCUUCUUCACGUUUUCAGACAACCUCGUACUAGCCUCAUCAGAAGACGACAAAGUGAAUCUGAAUCUGUACUACGAAUCGCUUUGUCCGUACUGCCAGUCUUUCAUCGCGGAAAGUCUCGUGAAGGUCUUCUCCACCGAUCUCUACACCAUUACCAACCUCAGGCUCGUCCCCUUUGGCAACGCCAAAAUCGUCAGCUCCAACGUCGUUUGCCAGCAUGGCGAGGAUGAAUGCUAUUUGAACGCCAUAGAAGCUUGUGCCAUUCACAUUUGGCCCGACCAGAAAGAGCAUUUCAGCUUCAUAAGAUGCGUGGAGAGUUCACCGAAAGUCGGAGACGACCCUACGGCUGCCUGGAAAGCUUGUGCUGACAAAUUUGGAGGCUCUCAACAAAUACAGGAUUGCCACGACAGUGGACUCUCCUCACAGCUUAUACUUGGAUACGCGAACGAGACGAACAGUCUUAAGCCUCCUCAUGAGUACGUGCCUUGGGUUACCGUCAACAACACCCCCCUCUACUAUGACAUGGAGAAUUUUGUGAGCCAAGUCUGCAAAGCGUACAAAGGGACAGAAAUUCCGUUGCCGAAGAUCUGCAGUUCCUCUUCGAUCCAGCCGAAGCCGAAGCAGCUCUCCUCGACUCGUCAAGCCUGCUUUGUCGGGAAAGCUGUGUAAAAACUAGAGUGGGAUUUCAUCGACAAUAAUUAAUUUAAAAAAUAAUUAAUAAUGGACCGUGGACUUUGCUUCAUUAUAUUAUAUGUAUGCAGUGCAAUAAUAAAUGGACCUACCCCGGCAUUUUAUAUAUUUGUUUUGGCGCUUUUA